AAAAGAUAGUAUUCUAUUCUAAUUUUUUUUGAUUUUAUUUAUAUUUAUUCCCAAAACUCGUCUUGUGCCAUAAGUUACGUUUGUGAUUGUUCUUAUUCCGCCACUCUUGCUAAGCUCAAAACGGUCUUAUUGUACGGAAACAAGGGCGAAACUCAAAAACCUCAGUCAACAGAAACAAUGGAAAAAGCUUGUGAUUAGUCCCACGGAAGAAACCUUUCUUCACAUUAUUUUAGUUUGUUGCUGUGAUCAAAAGAGCUUGUGGGUGUAGUUGUUUUGGAGCAAAGAAUAUGGGGACUAAAGCUGAAAUCAGGUGUGUGGAGUUGGAGUUGGAAGUUAAGCAGAAGAUUAACGAGUAUGAAGCACUUGAGGCCAAAUUCAGGGCUUUGGAAGCUGAAAAGGUUGCUACUCCGGAAAAGCUAGAAGCUUUGAAGAGAGAGUUUGAUGUAAUGAAGGAGCAUAAUUGUUGUGGCAAAGGUGAAACUAAGGAAGUUUGUGGAAGAGCUAAGAGGAUAGAAAAAAUAGUUGAUCUGACUAACGAUGAUUGGGAAGAAGAAGAAGAAGAUAAGAUGGCUCUUCUGAUGAUUGAGAAUCGAGUUUUGGAAUGUGAGAAGAAGAAAGCUGAAAGAGAUGUUAAGGCUUGGGAGAAAAAGUUUGAAGAACUGCAGGCAUGGAUCCUACAUUCUCAAAAACCAUUAUUUUCAGGAGGUCCAAUGGUUGAAAAGACAACAGGGAGUAAGAAUAAAGCUUUUGAUUCGGCGGUUGUUAGUUCUCUCUGCCGUCGUUCCCCUGGCAUAGGAAUUGACCAUCCGAAAACAGCCGGUUCAGCUUUUUUUCACACGCCAUGUAAAAGUGAUGCUUUUAUCAAGGAAGAAGCAAAAGGGGUUAGUUUUGAGACUGGCAUGGAGUUUACUGCUAGUCAACUUGUUAAAAGACAACUGGUACUUGAGCAAGAGAGCCCAAGUAAGAAUAUGGCUCCAUCUACACCAGGUGGUGCUAGACUUUCAGCUCUCAACACUGUCGAUAUUUUGGAUAGUGAUGAGGAACCCGAUAAUAUCAGUGUCAAAGUGUCUGCUGACAAUCAGGGAAGUGGAAAUGGAGAGGCUGUCAGCCCAUUAGUAGGGAGUGUUACUUGUGCAAUGGAGAUGACUGGUGAGACAAAGUGUCGACAGAACAACAUGGAAGAUCUUGCUGCAUGUAAACAAAAAAGUAUGGAUGUUUGUACUCCCAAAAGAAAACGAGCGUUAAAUGUUGUUAUGAGUGACUCUGAUGAGGAGAGCAACAGUGAUGAUAAUAAGCCAAUUGCCAGACUUAAGAGGAUAAAUCACCAACGUAUUCGCCCUGAUCAAAGGGGCUCCUCUGAGAAUGCUACUACUUCAGCUGUUAACAAUGAUAAAGGAGCAGUGACCCCUCGAAGAAGGCGUUUAGUACCAUUGAAGGAAUGCAGAGGAAGAGAUGUUGCAAGAAAAGAGUCACCUAAAAAUACAACCAAAACUAAUCGUCUUCAAGGAGUUCCUACAAAUGCAGAUACCGAAACUGAUGAGUCAGAUGGGGUUUGCUCAGACAGUGAAGGUGAAAGCUUGGGUGGCUUUAUUGUUAAGGACAGUGAUGUAUCUGGAGGUCAUGAGUCUUCUAGUGAAUCAGGAGAUCAUGAAUCUUCUAGUGAAUCAGUAGAUCUUUCAGAUGACAAAAUAGACUUUUCUGAGAUUUUAUCUAAUCUUCAAAGGAAAAAAGAUAAAAGCUUUAAGUGGGAGUUUGAGGCAGACAUGCUUGCUGAUUUUGGGAAGGAUACCGAAUUGUGCAUGAAGGCUGUAUGUGCUCUCUACCGCCAGCAGACUGCUGACGAGAAGAUCUGCAAAGGAACAUUGGUUUAUAAUAAUCGUGGAUUUAGUAAGUUUGAUGCUCUCAGGGGCACGAAUUUGGCUGUUUAUCUUACUGAUGGAGAUAAAGAAGGCCAUUUAACGAAAACUGUAGAGGAGUUGGAGAAGUAUGAUCCCAAGGCUGUCAAACUGUGUAGAACACUUGCAACAAACUACUCUAAGCAGCUUUUCGAAAUAUACAAGAACAAAGAGGAUCCCCUCUUUCUCCCUUGAUUUGCAAAGUAAGUUGCACUAAUAUUGUAGAGAAAAUUAGAGAUCUUAGAACAUAAGAAAUACUGACUAAAUGGGGCUUUUUAGGGUAUGAAGCUGGUCUUUUUAGUUUCUUUUUAGGUUUGUAUAUAUAGUAGGAUGUCUAUGAAAGAAAGAAAGGGGAGUUUUGUGACAGCAGUCUUAGCACAAAAUGUUCUUAACUUGUGUUUAUCUCUGUAAUCGCCUCACAAUGAUAAUUUAAUGAGCAGUGUAUUUUGAGUGAAA